AACCAGGGAGAGGAGGUACUGAAGACCCGGCUAAACAGCGACAACAGGGGCAUUCGCCCGAAGACGUCCUGGGGGAGCAGGCAGAACUCCAAGGAAGUAGCAGCAUAAGUAGCAACCAAAGAAACCAGACCCAGUGGCAUUCCUAAGAAGCAGUGGCCCGGUUUAACAUGGAUCGCUAAAAGCACCUCAUUCUCCUAUGAUCUGGAUUGUCAGAGAGACUUGGCUUCCUGAGUCUCCUCCAGGACACAGAUUCACAGAGUUCACGCCAGGGACUGCCACUGACAGAGAACCUAGAAAUGGCAAAAACUUAUGUGAAACCCAAGGACACGUCAGAGUUGGUCAACACACCAUCCUGGAUGGACAAAAGUCUGGGCUCUCAGAAUGAGAUGAAGGAGGAGGAGAGAAAACCAGCUGCUUAUGGGUUGCUUGGCAGCUUAGCUGAAGAGCAUGACAGUAUUGAGGAAGAAGAAGAGGAGGAAGAGGAUGGGGAGAAGCCUAAGAGAAGGGGUCCCAAGAAAAAGAAGAUGACAAAAGCUCGUCUUGAGAGGUUCAGGGCUCGAAGAGUCAAGGCAAAUGCUAGAGAACGGACCCGGAUGCAUGGCCUGAAUGACGCCCUGGACAACCUGAGGAGAGUCAUGCCGUGUUACUCUAAGACCCAAAAGCUCUCCAAGAUAGAGACUCUUCGACUGGCCAGGAACUACAUCUGGGCUUUGUCUGAAGUCCUGGAAACUGGCCAGACGCCUGAAGGGAAGGGCUUUGUGGAGAUGCUCUGUAAAGGGCUCUCUCAGCCCACAAGCAACCUGGUGGCUGGAUGUCUCCAACUGAGCCCUCAGUCUGUUCUCCUGGAGAAGCAGGAGGAGAAAUCUCCUAUUUGUGACUCUGCCAUCUCUGUCCACAACUUCAACUAUCAGUCUCCCGGGCUCCCCAGCCCUCCGUAUGGCCAUAUGGAAACACAUCUUAUUAAUCUCAAACCCCCAGUAUUCAAGAGUUUGGGCGAAUCAUCCUUUGGGGGUCAUCCCCCUGACUGCAGCACGCCACCUUAUGAGGGUCCGCUUACUCCGCCCCUGAGCAUCAGUGGGAACUUCUCCUUGAAGCAAGAAGCCUCUCCUGACCUGGAUAAAUCCUACAGCUUCAUACCACAUUACCCCUCUGCAAGUCUAAGCUCGGGGCACGUGCAUUCAACGCCCUUUCAGGCUGGUACCGCUUGCUACGAUGUUCCCAUAGAUAUGUCCUAUGAUACCUACACCCACCAUGUCAUUGGGGCUCAACUCAAUACCAUCUUCACGGAUUAG